CAGGAGACGUCAGCGGAGACGGACCAUGCAACGCACUAAUAUGAUACUUGUCGCGCUUGUGGCCAUCGGCUACUUGGCCACGGCCAACGCCUGGGGUGGCCUCUUCAACCGCUUCAGUGCGGACAUGCUGGCCAACAUUCAGCAUGGCCAGACCCCCUACCGCCAGUACCCGCAUACUCAGAUGGAACCAGACAACAUCUACACUGAUAUCCUGGAGGGGGAGAGCCCUGAGGAAGAGGAACCGACUGCGCACUGCUACAGCUUCCCCUGCGCCACCAACGCUGACUGCUGCCAAGGGUUACUCUGCCAGGACACUGAGGAGGGAGGUCGCUGCCUGCCUGCGUUUGUAGGCCGUAAGCUGGGCGAAAUCUGCAACCGUCAACACCAGUGCGACGCCGGUCUGGUCUGUGAGGAAGUGCUGUCUGGUGAGAUCCGUGUGUGCCGGCCCCCGUCUAUCGGCCACAAGCAAUACAACGACGAUUGCAACGUGUCCAGCGAGUGCGACAUCUCCCGCGGUCUCUGCUGCAUCAUGCAGCGCCGGCACCGACAGAAGCCUCGCAAGAGCUGCGGUUACUUCAAAGAGUCUCUGGUGUGCAUCGGAUUGGUGGCUACUGAUCAAAUCCGUGAAUAUGUUCAACAUACUGCUGGAGAGAAACGCAUCGGACCAUUCCGACUCCAUUAAAAUGUAUCUCCAACAUACUUUGCGUAACAUGUCUCCAGUUUUAAUCAUUUAGACAAACAUGUCUCCAAAUUGUCUCGAGUGUUUUUUUUUAUUCUGUAUUAUCACAUGUUACAAAGAGUAUGUUAAAGUUGUCCCUUGACUAAUAAAUAUAUCUAAUACUCUAAGAAUUAUUAUGAUUAUUUUAAAAUUAUUAAUUAAUUACGU